CAAUUUUUCUGUCCCUGUCUGGAGUUCAUCCACAACCUGAACAACUUGGAGUCUUGGACGGUUGGACAGACAUCAAAUGUUGGUAAGAACAAAAACUUCUCCAAGAGAAACAGAGAGAGUAGCCAAUCAAUAAAAGAUGAUCUUUUGCGUCACUGUGUCGACGACAGCGACGCAAGGAGAGCAGCCACUUCGUGGUGCAUGGGAUCUCAACUACUCCGUUUUCCCUCGCCAAACCUGCCACGUCAUCCCACCAUUUUUCCUAUUCUGGGACAAGGAUCAAACAGUUCGUAGUCGUUUCUUUGGUCAUCGUCCCUGCAGUUUCUGUUCUACCUUCUUCAUUUUCUCUUCUGAUUCUCUCUCUCUCUUCCUAUUUUCUUUGGAUUUUGUUACUUUUCUUCAAAUAUUCAAAUGGGUAGUAGUGGAACAGUGAGAGAUCCGAUUAUGGUUUGUGUUCCCUUAAUGGGUAUUUCCGUAGAGGAAAUGAUGUCUCAGAUGGGUCAAGCGAAAUCGCAAGGUGCCGACCUGGUCGAGAUCAGGUUGGACUACAUUCAAAACUUCCGGCCUCUCCAAGACCUUCAAAUGCUCCUUAGAGACAAACCAUUGCCAGUUAUCAUUGUCUACAGGCCAAAGUGGGAAGGUGGUCAGUACGAGGGUGAUGAACAAAGGAGGCUGGAAGCACUUAAGUUAGCCAUGGAAUUGGGCGCUGAUUAUAUUGAUGUGGAGCUUAAGGUUGUAUCUGAUCUCAUGCUGAAUCCAAAUUUGAACAAGCAUUCUAUUGGUAAAAUAAUUGUAUCGUGUCACGUGGGUGACCACACUCCUUCAAAAGAAGAUCUCAGCAUUCUUGUUGCAAAGAUGCACUCUACUGGAGCAGAUGUCAUCAAACUUGUCACACAUGCUAGUAAUAUUACAGAUCUAGCAACGAUUUUUCAUUUGCUUGCACAUUGCGAGGUUCCGUUAAUUGCAUACUCUACCGGUGAUCGAGGCCUUAUAAGCCAUCUACUUUGUCCAAAGUUUGGUGGCUUUUUAGUUUAUGGAUCCAUGGGAAACAAUUCAAUACCUGGCUUACCCACUUUGAACAGCCUCAGACAAGCUUAUAAACUUGAGUGUUUAAAUGCAAAUACAAAAGUGUUUGGGCUUAUCUCAAAUCCAGUAGGGCACAGCAAAGGUCCACUUCUACAUAAUCCUGCCUUCAGACAUGUAGGAUACAAUGGGAUUUAUGUUCCAAUGCUUGUUGAUAACCUGAAGGAAUUCUUUAGGAUCUAUUCAUCUCCUGAUAUUGCAGGUUUCAGUGUAGGAAUUCCAUACAAGGAAGCUGUUACUGGGUUCUGUGAUGAAGUCCAUCCUCUUGCUGAGUCUAUUGGAGCUGUAAAUACUAUUAUAAGGACGCCUAGUACUGGGAAGUUGGUUGGUUACAAUACAGACUGUGAGGCUGCAAUAACAGCAAUGGAGGAUGCAUUAGGAGCAAGAAGGAGCAUUAAUGGUGCAUCUUUCACUUCUCCGCUUGCUGGGAAACAGUUUGUGCUUGCCGGUGCAGGAGGUGCUGGAAGAGCACUGGCAUUUGGUGCCAAAACUAGGGGAGCACGGAUUAUCAUUUUCGACAUAGAUUAUGAGAGAGCAAGGUCUCUUGCCCACUCAGUUUCAGGAGAAGCGCAGCCUUAUGAGGAUAUAGUUAAAUUUCGUCCAGAGAAAGGAGGAAUCCUUGCAAAUGCAACACCUCUAGGAAUGCACCCAAAUACAGAUCGGAUUCCUGUGGCAGAGGAUACUCUGGGAGUUUAUCGGCUUGUCUUUGAUUCAGUUUACAACCCUCGUAAAACUCGAUUGUUGAAAGAAGCAGAAGCUGCUGGAGCUGUAGUUGUGAGUGGAGUUGAGAUGUUCCUUCGACAGGCUAUAAGCCAAUUCAAUCUCUUCACUGAUGGAGAAGCACCUGAGGAGUUCAUGCGUGAGAUCAUUUGGGAAAAAUUUUGACUUCUGGUGCCAAUACAAUCUAGUGUGAGGACAUUUUUAUUUAGUGUAGACUAUCAAUCUACACACUUGCAUAAUCUUGUGGACCUCUAUAAGUGUGAGAACUGUAUAGUAUCAUUUGGGUUCUUGUGCUCGUUCUUGUUUAGAAUCUCCAUGUAGCCGACCCGAUUAAGUUGGGAUAAGGUUUUGAAUGUUGUUAUUGUUGUUCAAAGUUCUAUAGUCUUGUAGUCUGUUAUCCAUAUUCAUGGAACCCUUGGUUCUGGUUGUCCAUGUUUGGAGAACAAGUGCUACAAUUAUUUUCAAACAGUACAAUAAAGGAUGCCAGAGAAGCCCCCCAAAGUUGCUAAAUAAAAA